GGCGGGUCAGGGCGGAGCUGAGAGGACAGCAAAGGCGGAAGCAGCGGCCCGCGGGACUGGGAAGGGGCUGGUCCCGGAAGGAGGAGGAAACCUGAAAAGAAAACAGCAACAAGCUGAGGUGCUGUGACAGAGGCAAACAAAAUGGCGGCGCCGACGGGGAGCCUCUGGGUCAGGGCCCAGCUCUCGCCGCUGCUGCUGCUGCUGACUAUGGCCCUGACCGGAGGCUCGGGGACCGCUUCGGCUGAAGCUUUUGACUCGGUCUUGGGUGAUACGGCGUCUUGUCACCGGGCCUGUCAGUUGACCUACCCCUUGCACACCUACCCCAAGGUGCCUGCCAGUUUGUACACAGUGAACUACACAGAAGAGGAGUUGUACGCGUGUCAGAGAGGUUGCAGGCUGUUUUCAAUUUGUCAAUUUGUGGAUGAUGGAAUUGAUUUAAAUCGGACCAAAUUGGAAUGUGAAUCUGCAUGUACAGAAGCAUAUUCCCAAUCUGAUGAGCAAUAUGCUUGUCACCUUGGUUGCCAGAAUCAGCUGCCAUUCGCUGAAUUGAGACAAGAACAACUCAUGUCCCUGAUGCCAAAAAUGCAUCUACUCUUCCCUCUAACUCUGGUAAGGUCAUUCUGGAGUGAUAUGAUGGACUCUGCACAGAGCUUCAUAACCUCUUCGUGGACUUUUUAUCUUCAAGCUGAUGAUGGAAAAAUAGUUAUAUUUCAGUCUAAGCCAGAGAUCCAGUAUGCACCACAGUUGGAGCAGGAGCCUACAAAUUUGAAAGAACCAUCACUAAGCAAAAUGUCUUCAGAUCUUCAAAUGAGAAGUUCACGAGCACAUAGGAACUAUCUUGAAGAUGGAGAACGUGAUGGUUUUUUAAGAUGUCUCUCUCUUAACUCCGGGUGGAUUUUAACCAUGACUCUUGUCCUCUCCGUGAUGGUAUUGCUCUGGAUUUGUUGUGCAACCGUUGCUACAGCUGUGGAGCAGUAUGUUCCCUCUGAGAAGCUGAGUAUCUAUGGUGACUUGGAAUUCAUGAAUGAACAAAAGCUAAACAGAUAUCCAGCUUCUUCUCUUGUGGUUGUUAGAUCUAAAGGUGAAGAUCAUGAAGAAGCAGGACCUCUACCUGCAAAAGUGAAUCUUGCUCAUUCAGAAAUUUAAGCUUUUUUUUUUUUAAGAAAAGUGUAUAGACAUCUAAAUUUGCAUUCCUCAUAGUGCUUUUUAAAAUGGUUUCAUUGGCUAUAGGACUUAAAAAUCACUAUUAAAUGUAAAUAAAGUUACCCAAAUCUGUGACGACUGUA